AUGACAGAGAAGGUGCGCGUCGUCGCCCGCAUUCGGCCGUUGCCGAGCAGCGACAGCGCGCUUGCUGUUGUGCCACUCGACGAGCGACGCGUGUGCGUCGGUAACCGCCGUGUCUACCACGUCGACCGCGUCUUUGGUAUCGCCGACAGCACCGAGCUCAUCUUCUACGAGAGCGUUGUUGGUCUCGUCGAUCGCUUCCUCGCCGGAUACAACGCCACCGUGCUCGCGUACGGGCCGACGGGCACCGGCAAGACGUACACGAUGGCCGGCCUCACGCCGCUGGUGCUGGCGUACCUGCUGGAGCGCAUGGGCGGCAUGUCGCGGCUGAGCUUUCAGUGCAUCGAGGUGUACGGCGAGACGCUGCGCGACCUCCUCACCGGCGACCCGCCCGCCUCGGCGAAGCACCUGCAGCUGCACGAGGGCGACGGCA